UACUUACAAAAUUAAUAAGAAUCUUAUAUUUAUCUUAUAUGUAUUUAACAAUAUUUUUUAUUGUAACGAAAUUAAUAAUCAAACUGCAACUUACUUAUUGAAAAUUCAUACAGUUAAUAUCGGUAAUAGUUCAUCAAAACGCUAUCAAAAUGGACCAGGAUAAAAACACAUUGAUCCGAACAGCCAUCGGACAAAUGGCAUCACUGGGCGAGCUAUACGACGCCCGGACGGACACAUUCUGCGCCAUUUCGGCCCUCAAAAUAGCACCAGAAAAGACGGACGCCGUCACCAUACAGGACAACCCCUCCAUCGACCUCCAGUACAUACACACCGACACCUUUUCGGACAAAUUUGACAAAUUAGAGAUAAAGGCCGGCCUUAAGGUGAGUAUAUUGGCCGGACUGUUCCAGUUGGAGGGAAGCGGCAGGUAUUUGGCGGACACGAAAAAGAGCGCCCGAGCCGUCCGCUCGUCCCUCUUGUAUAACAUUCAGACCAAAGCCGAGAGACUGAACCUAUUUAACGACGAACUCGCGGAGUGUUUCGCGUUGGACGCCCUCCAGGCCACCGCUGCCACCCAUGUGGUGGUUGGCAUCGAUUGGGGCGCCAACUCCAUGAUCACUAUGGAGUACAGCAACAGCGAGAAUAAGGAUGUUAAGGAGAUCGAAGGCGCCAUCCAGGGUGAGUUAAAGAAGUUUGGCGCUAAUAUAAGUGGAAAAGCGAGCGGUGAUUACGGGAGCGGUCAGGACAGCAAACAAACCAAUUAUUCGUUACACAUAUUCGGCGACAUUAUGCCGACCGACGAGCCGUUGCCGCAAACAAUUGAGGAGUCGUUGGCGCUAAUGAAAAGAAUGCCCUUGCUCACGGCCAAUGGGGGCAAGGGCAAACCGUUGAAGUACACGCUCGUGCCAUUGUCAACCCUAGCCAGUCAAUCAAGCACACCCAAAAUGGCAGACAAAGUGAUCAAGUACAUUGACGAGCAGGCGAUCGUCCGGUGCGUCCAACUGUUUGAUAGGAUCGCGGCGUCGAAGCAACGACUCUACGAUUUGUAUGAUUGCGUGAAUUCCCAUAAAUAUUGCGUUCCCGCGGAUCGGGUGCGCGGUAUAGGCGCCCAAAAGGAUCAAUUAGACUCGGAUGAGGCCAGCCUUAGAUCAAAAUUAGCCGAAUUAUUGGUGGAGGUGCGCUCCGGGAGGGCUGGCGGUGACAAACUGGAAAAGCUCAUUAGCGACUCAAACGAGGGCUCACUUUCGGAAAAUAAAAUACAAAACUUUAUUAAUAGUAACGAAGAUAUUGCCGACAAAAUAACUUACGCCAAAAUGUUACAACACGAAGGCGUUAUAUAUGUGGGAGCCCCCGGGUAUGGCCAGUCACUGGAAACGGCUAAAAUGGAACGCCUACAAUCGGAAAUUUAUAUUUUGUUCUGGGCCAGUUUGUCGACUGACACAAAGGAUCGAGAUUGGACUGAUAAUAAGCAUCACUUUUUACGACUGGCUAAACAAAACAAUGACCUUGAUAAAGACAGUAAAAAGGAUAUGACCAGAUUUAUAGCUGCCGAUUUGGAUAUGAGACCCGAGCUAAAUGACCAGGAACAUGUUGCAUCAGGAACACGAAUUUGUCUGUUUAAGAAUGGCAAAUAUAUUCACCAGAAUAUAUUGCUCGAUUAUAUUACCAAUAAUGACCGGUGUUUGAUUAAGCCAACUAAGCCGGUUCAAUUAGUAGUGAAUAAGCCCAAUAAGCGUGUCAUUUUGGAGGUAAGAUGUCCCGGCUCGUUAUCAGGCUAUUGUGAUUCAAAGGACGACCAUACCUGGCACUGUUACAAAUGCGACGAAUUAAUUGAGCAUGGUUUCGAUGGCUACUUCUAUUGUGCAUGCGAUAAAGGUUUGGCAAAACUAUUAGAAAAAUUGCGACCAAUGAAAGAGAUGAAUAUAUUGAUUUUGGGCGAAACUGGCGUGGGUAAGUCCACUUGGAUAAAUGGCCUGGUCAAUUAUAUGACAUUCAAGUCAUUGGACGAUGCCGAACAGAAUAAAUCGCUGAGUCUAAUAGCUUCAUCAUUUACAAUUACCGAUGAUGAAAACUAUGAGCAAGUUGAAAUUAAGAUUGGCGACGAUAAGAAUGAGGUAAUGGCUGCCGGACAGUCGGCUACUCAAGAACCAAAAGCCUAUGUAUUGGAGUGGGGUAAAAAGCACGUUAGACUCAUUGAUACGCCUGGCAUUGGAGACACGCGUGGCCUCGAACAGGACAAAGAGAACUUCGACGCCAUAUUGCGCUACAUCUCAAACCUGGAUGAGUUGCACGGCAUAUGCAUACUGUUGAAGCCCAACAACGCCCGACUCACUGUUAUGUUCCAGUUUUGCGUCAAAGAGUUGUUGACACAUCUGCAUAAAAGUGCAAGCAACAACAUCGUGUUUUGCUUCACUAAUGCGCGUAGCACACCGGGUGAUACACUGCCGGCAUUAAAAACGCUCCUGAAAGAGAAUAAAGACGUUAAUAUAGAGCUGUCGAAGCAUACGAUAUAUUGUAUGGACAACGAGUCGUUUAGAUUUCUGUGUGCUAUUCAUAAUGGCAUAAAAUUUGAGCAAGAUGAUAAACAUAAUUUUUCGGUCUCGUGGGACAAAUCGGUGGCCGAAACAAACCGAUUGUUCGAACACAUCGACGGCCUAAAGCCACACACGACCAGGGAUACUAUAUCGCUUAAUGACGCGCGCAAGGUUAUUUUGAGUUUAACAAAACCAAUGGCCGACAUUAGCAAGAACGUUCAGACCAAUAUCGCCAUCAUCAAUGAUAAAAAGGCAGAAAUUACAAGCUCAAAAAAGGCCCAAAAAGAAUUACUUGGCAAAUUGUACGUGGCCAUUAAUGAUUUGAAGCCGGUGGAAUUAAACUAUCCGCGCACAGUUUGCACAUCAAGCGGGUGUGUCGAGUAUCAUAAAAUACCGGAAACCAACACCAUUAAAACCGAUUAUGUUACCCACUGUCACGUACAUUGUGGCCUGAGCGGGGUCAAACCCGAAACCUAUCCGAAUGCAGAGCUCAAAAAUUGCUGGGCUAUGAUUGCUAAUAGUUAUUGCCGGAUUUGCCGAUGCUCCUGGGACAAACAUAUGCACAUUACUUAUGAAAAUGAGCUGGAACCAAAAAACGUGAUCAACCAAAGCACACAGGAUUUGAUAAACUCGAAGAAAAGCGAUGAGGAGAAAGUGAAAGUGUUUAUCGAGGAGUUGGACAAUAAGGUGAACGCAUUGAAACAGGAAGAGGAAGAGAUCCGAUCCGUGGCCGUCCAGUUCGGCAGUUUCCUCAAACGGAACGCCAUCAGUCCGUACAACGACUCGCUCAAGGAUUAUCUAACGGUGCUCAUCAGACAGGAAAAGGACAAGGUGUCCGCUGGUGGUGAUGAUAAAACACUGAACAGUUUGGAGGCAAUGCUGGCUAACUAUGCUGAAGAAGUGAAAGUAUUGGACAAAUCCAUGGCCAGCGGUGAAGAUGUGCCAGCUUUAGGCCCGGAUGAUAUCAAUAAACUGGUCCAAUCCCUAUAUAAGCUUAAGGAGAACGGCAAACAACUGGAGGACAGUAUGAAUCUGUGUUCGGCAUCGAAAGCCCGCAUGCAGUCCAUGUACACAGAGACCCAUUACAGCGCCCGACAAUAUAACCGCUCGCCACCCGGUUAUAACGAGCCCGACAAGCUGGCAAAAAUGUAUAACGCGUCGACCGAUAUAAUCACCGAUUUGGACACCAAGGACAUUCCGCUAGAUUAG